CGUUAUCCAAUAAUACAAGAAAAAGAAAUAGCCUUUGUUGACAUCUUCUCUCUGUUAAAGAGUUUCAUCCUUAUCCGUUCCAUCAAUUUCUCUCUCUGUUAGCUUUGAGUUUGAUUUGAUCUUCUUGUAUUCUUGUUACGUUCGACUUUAGAUUUGGUGUAAAUUCUCACGAGUAAAGAUGAACAAAGGCAGCAGCUUUAAGCUUGACAACGAUUACGAAAAGAGGAAAGCUGAAGCUGAUAGGAUCAGGGAGAAGUACCCUGAUAGAAUCCCGGUGAUUGUGGAAAAGGCAGAGAAAAGUGAUAUCCCAAACAUUGACAAGAAAAAAUACCUGGUGCCAUCAGACCUAACAGUAGGGCAAUUCGUGUAUGUGAUUCGGAAGAGGAUCAAACUGAGUGCCGAGAAAGCUAUCUUCAUAUUCGUAGACAAUGUUCUUCCUCCUACUGGAGAGAUCAUGUCAAGCGUCUACGAGGAGAAGAAAGACCAAGAUGGCUUCCUUUACAUUACUUACAGUGGCGAGAACACGUUUGGUGCUUCUUCAUUCUGAAUCCUCUAACCUGAGAAACGCAUGUAUUCUGAUGUUUCCCACAAUCUUUCAACUUUGUGUAUAUAAUAAGUAUCGUUCUCUCAGCAUAAUCUUCUCAAGAUUUGUGAUUUUUUUUCUUCUUCACUUUGUGUUCAAUAAUGUAAAGUAAGACUAAUAUGAAAUAUUCGCUUCAUUGGCA